UGCGGUGGUGGUGGUGGUUGCUCGCCGCCGUCGUAGACGCCACCACGACGCGGUUCUCCACGUUCGGUGAACGUAGUCGCACACGGCACACCCGCAGUAACCGGCGUCCGCGUUCGAGGUCUCCUCUCAGUGCUGUGACUGGUGCCGUGCUAUGCGUUCGCCGACGGUCAUCGUUUCGGGUGGUGCACGGGAUCGUCAUCGGUGCUGCCAGUGACGGCGUUUGACCGCUGCGAAGUCGACCGUGUUUCACCGCGCGGAAUAGUAGGCGCGCGCGCCCGCGCACACGCACGCUACAACUAUUAUUAUAUAUUUCGUAUUUUUGCGCGUUACGCGCGCGGUUCGCUCGCACGUAUUAUAAUAAUAAACAUAAUAUUAAUAUAGUACGCGUCAUAUUCGAACGAGAUAAUAAUAAAAACAACGGCGACGGCGUCUGAUUUUAUGAUAGCGCAGCGGUAAUAUCAAUAAUACCAUCAUUAUAAUACCUGCAACGGAGCUUUUAACCAUAUAAUAUAGCGCCGAAUAUGGCCGAGACAGUGAUAGUGUCGGACGACGCGACGGCGACCAGCACGUCAGCGCUCGUCGAUCAGAUAAUCGUGGCCAAGACGUUCGCCAUGCUCGUCCUGGGCCUGGGCUCGUUCGUGCUGGGCGUCGUGCCCCUGAAGCUGACCAAAUGGUGGCGGAUGAACCCCGCAGCCGCACCACCAUCGCACCAAACCGGCGGUCACUCGCACGGAGGCGACUCGGCCACCGGUUCGCCGGCUGUAUCGCUGCUACUGUGCUUCGGCGGCGGCGUGCUGCUGUUCACCACGCUGCUGCACCUGCAGCCUGAAGUCCGGGAGGGCGUCGGUCGGUUGCAGAAGUCCGGACAACUUCCUAACGGACAGGGCACCGAGCACCUGGGAGACCUAAUAUUUUGCGCCGGGUUCUUCAUGGUGUUCAUCGUGGACGAGAUCGUCCACUCGGUACUGGACCGGUGCGCGGCCGGCCACGUGGACCGCAGCUCCGCCGAGGAGGUGCUGCACCGGUCGAUGAGCCUUAGGCGGCGGACCAUGUCCAUACCGAGGGCCUCGCUGGCCGGCAGUGGUGGCUCGCCCAGCUCCGUUCCGUCGGUGACGGGUGGCAUGUCAGUGGCCAGCAACAAGGAGCUGCUGCAGAACGAUGUGCCGUGUAAGCCGCACGACAAGCGGUACCGGCCGGCGGCCUGGGAGUCCGGUGGCACGGCACCGUCAUCCACGCGGUUCGCACACCACCAGCAACGGGUCGGCGACAAUGACACCGAGAAACAGAUGAAGCUGGAAAGCGGCGGCGGGCCCGGAGGCGUCGAUGGUGGCCACUCGUUCCGCGGCCUGUUCGCCGUGCUGGCGCUGUCGUUUCACGAGGUGUUCGAAGGCCUGGCCAUAGGGCUUGAGGAGCGCGUCGACAACAUGUGGUACCUGUUCAUCGCCGUGGCCACGCACAAGCUGGUCAUCGCCUUCUGCAUCGGCCUGGAACUGGCCUGGUCCAAGACCCGGCGGCCCGUGCUCGUCAUGUACGUGGCCACGUUCGCCGUCGUCACGCCCGUGGGCAUCAUAAUCGGCAUGGUGCUAGUGCAGUGCGGCACCGGCGGUACCGUGGACGGGUCUCCCGGACGCGUGGCUGUCAUCCUGCAGGGACUGGCCGCCGGCACGCUGCUAUACGUCGUGUUCUUCGAGGUGCUUGCCAGGCACAAACAGUCGGGAUUUUUGCACCUGUUGUCCAUAAUGUUCGGAUUCAGUAUUCUGCUCGUAUUGCAAAUGAUGACUCAUCAACACAGUCACGGCCCAGUUGACAACAAUCAACAUUCGGAUCACGAUCAUUCAUCACACGAACAUGAACACGAACACGAACACGUACACGAUCAUUAGAAUUUCCCAAUUCUUUGAGUUACCAAGUAUUUUAUUAAGCCCAUCGUGAUCUAAGUUUGAUGUAGAUUGUAUUUCGUUAUUAAGUUAAGCUAUCAACUAUUUUGUAUUGUUUAUUUAUAUUUAUAUAACACAUAUAUUAUAUAAUAUAUACCUGUAUACUAGUAUAGGGUGAUUUUAUGAAUGUAAAACACUCUUUUUAUGUGAGCUUUCGAGUUGUAAAUUUGUUUAUUAUGCAUUUUGAAGGACAUCCUACUUUAGUUGCAAACUUAUAUUAUGUUAUAUUACUUUUUUGCAAAAAAAUAAGUUUUCUAUUAUUUUUAUACUAAUGCAUUUUGUUAUUAAUCAUAUUUUUACUUUCAUAUGAAAGACAGACAGCUUUUAUUUACAAAUAUAUCGAACAUUAAACCAAUAUUCUAUUAUUUAUAAAUUAUUGAUCAUUUAAGGAUUUGAUAAUAAGCGUGGACUGCUGAGGAAUUACUACAAUUUAUUGGUCCACUAUUUCUAUGGUCAAAUUAUUAAAUGCUUACUAAUAAAUGAUAAUAUACUUUUGAGUUUUGGUUUAAGAAAAUCAAAAACUGAAAAAUUAUUAUGAAAUGUUUUAGUAUUAUUGUUAUUUUUUUUUUAAUAGUGUUAUAAAUAUUUAAAAUUAUACAACAUAAUAUGUAUAUGAUACGAAAUUUUUUUUCCAAAAUCAGAACAAUUGACUGAAAGUAUGAGUUUUUAAACAUUAUAAAUAAUUAUUAUGUUGUAUUUAUAUUAUAUAUGUAUAUGUGUUUGAUAUAUUAUAUUG